AUGAAGUGUGAAAACGUGAUGAAUCAAGGCCAGUCUAUCAAACAUGCUUUGCAUAAACAAGAUGAUAUCGCGAAAAAUGAGUAUCGCGUUCGAUUAAAUGCUUCUAUUGAUGCUUCAAGAUUCUUGUUGCGCCAAGGUUUACCUUUUCGUGGGCAUGAAGAGAAAGAAGAAACUGAUAAUAAUGGUAACUUUGUUGAACUCUUGAAAUACACUGCCGAGCAAAAUGAAGAUAUGAGUAAGGUUGUUUUAAGAAAUGCUCCUGGAAACAAUCAGAUGACUUCUCCAAAGAUUCAGAAAGAUAUUGUCCAUUGUUUUGCAGAAGAGCUAAUCAAAAGCAUUAUUGAUGAAAUUGAUCAUGAUGUAUUUGGAUUGUUGGUGGAUGAGUCUACUGAUGUUUCUUAUAAAGAAAAAAUGGCAGUUGUGUUUCGGUAUGUGGAAAAGAGUGGGAUAGUCAAAGAGAGAUUCAUAAGUCUUACUCAUGUAAGUGAUACAUCUUCAUCAUCUUUGAAAUCUGCAAUUGAUUCUUUGUUUACUAAGUAUGGAUUAUGCAUUACAAAGGUGAGAGGGCAAGGUUAUGAUGGUGCAAGUAACAUGAAGGGUGAGUUCAAUGGGCUAAGGUCAUUUUCUGAAUCGAAUUGGAGAUCAGUUUCUGAAUGA